AAAUUGUCGGGGACUUUAUUUUGACCAUAUAAAAGAUAAAAUUAAUUGAUUUUAAGCAGUAAAAGGAAAAAUAAUGAUACAUUUAUGAAUUUUGGCUAAAAACACUAUUUGCAUUGGGUUUGUACACAAAUUCACGUUUUUUUGUAAUUUUGGGUCUGCAUGCACUUACAAAAUGUUGCGUAAUUUCGGAACCGCGUACCCGGGGGUCACAAUUUUGGUCUCAAAAGUUGCGCGAGACUUAAAAGUAGUCAGCGAGCGACGCGGUCAAAAAAUUUCAAGCGGCGGAUUUAUCGCAAAAAAUGUCGAGGGGCCGGGGGGGGGGGGGCUGAAUCAGCCCCCCAGUCUUCUUAGGGUUAACCCAUAUUAACCCCAUACUAUCUUUUUUUUUAUUCACACUGUCUUUCUUAACCCCAUACUAUUUUCUUAGCCGGGGUCAACGCCUUCACCCCGGACUAUCACAUAGCUCAUGAAUACUGAUGAUUUUACCGGGCAGAGUGCGAUUAACGUGCAAUUUUGACUUAUGUGAUUAGCUAAUGCUUAGCCACACUUUUCAUUAGCCCAGUUUCGUUCACACUGCAUCUCUAAGCACCGCGAUUGUGCUGCUAGCACCACAAUAAGCCGGCUAACCCUGCUUUUUUGCAGGGCCUGAUAGUACCGUACUAUUUACCGUGCUAGCCCACUUUGCUAAAACGUAGUGUGAAAACAAAGCGGGCUAAGCUUAACCCCGGGAAAUUGGUGGGGCUAAGACCCCCCUUAGCCCCACCAACUUGCAGGUAUUAAGCAAGAAAGAAUGUAGUGUGAAAAGCAAAUAUGCUUCUCAUGGAAAAAACGCAGUAUCUACAUUUGCACAAGUUGAGAAUAUUAAGCAUACUAUUUUAUUCUUUCAAAGUCCUCGAAAAAAUAUUUCUUAAGUAUUCCUUUAUCGUCAAUUGCAGAUUGUGUAUGUGCCUAUUUCAGGCCCCAAGAAACCCCACAAAAGUUGUUGUAUUUUGAGAUAUUGACGUAUUUAGAUUUAAAGCGAAUGCUCAGUUUCCCAGUGGAAAAACGCAGUAUCUACAGAUGAAUAACAUGUUACUUAAAUUCAUAUUUAUCAUAAAUUACUCAGUCGAUAUUGCUUCACUACCAAAAGAAUGUACAUAUGUAAUUAAAGGGAAAAUAAUAGCUUAGAUGCAUGGAGGGCGCCCUUUACCAAGAAGGACGCCCUCUGUGGUAAUUUUACUACAGAGGGCAUGAUUUGUAGAGGGUGCACUGAUCUGUAUUGCCCCAGUAUUUCUAAGCUAGUAAAUACACAAAAAUCUAAGUACAAACUCAAAAGUUAUAAAAGAUAAACACAGCAACUCGGGAGACUUGUUAAUUGCAUUCUUUACAAGAAUUAAUGUUAUGUGUAAUUUUUGAAACCAUUUUGGGGGAUUUUAUCACAGAGAGCGCCCUUGUUAGUAGAGCGUGCCAUUCGUGUUCCUAAGCUAUUAUUUUUCCCCUGACGUACACAUUGAUUCGUUAUUUCAUUGUAAUGAAAACUGAAUGGAAUUCUCUUUUCUUCUGUAGAUACUGCGUUUUUUCCAUGGGGAAACCGUGCAUUCGGUUCGAAUUUCCCCAAAGUAUCUACAUUUUCUUCAAUAUCUAAAAAACAACAACCAAUAUUUGUUAUUUGGGGCUUGAAAUAGGCACAUAUUAUAUGCUCUUCAAUUUCAUUAUUACAGAAUACUGAGAAAUAAAAUAGUUUUGAGCGGCUAUGAAAAAAAAAACCGCCGUAAAAAUGCUUAAUAUUUCAACUCGUGCAAAAUGUAGAUAUUGUGUUUUUCCAUAGGGGGUAGAUUUUAUUUCCAACAUGUUUUUAGAAUAAUGAUUAUCUUGGAACUUAUGUUUAAUCAGUUCAUUCUAUAUACAACGUUCAAAGGUCGGAAAUUAAGUUCCAAAUUAUCAAUAUUGCCUUUUUGUAAUGUUUGUGUACAAGGUCAGUUGUUAUACUUUAUGUAGUUCUCUUCAAUUCAGAACUAAUCUAAUUUAAGAACCAUGCCCCUCGUUCAUCUUUAGAAGCCGACUUCGCCUAAAGUCAAGAUCGCAAAAAAAUAAUUUAAGACGAAUUUCGACUUCAAUACCAGUCAGGAACUCGGAAAAUGUAACGUUAGGUCUAAAACAGUUGAGAAAAGACAGCAGAAAUUACACUGAAUUCGCUGCUGGGUUAUGAUAUCAUAUUUGCGCUCAAAAUGUGCGAUUUUGGUAUCAAAUUGAAGAGUAGAAUUCAUUGAAAACUUACCCAUGCAUGCUGCAACACUAAAAAAUAACACCAAGCUGCACGCUGUAAGUUUGUUGACCCCUUGCAGAAUCUCGUUUUUUCUCGUGAUACACGAAGAGUUCGAAUUCGGCCAAACCGGCGAACGGGAAGUUGAACGGGAUCCCAGCUGUAGCUCAUUAGCAUACGCUGUGCGGACUGACUGUUAACGCAACUCGUUCGUUUGUAUUUUUCUCUCACUUAACCAAAAUGGCCGAUUCCGAACAAACCCCGGUUAAAAUAAUCGCUUGGGUCUUGCCAAGAACCAUCUCGACGGCUCUAUGCAAGUGUCUGAGUGGCGUUGAAGGAAUAGAAAUAUGGUUUGAACGGUUUACACGAGCGUACAGUGUGAAGAAUGAUUACGAGAAUCGGACGGGUGAUAAAAUGCCCCUGGAAUAUGAAGGUAAUGAAGAGAAAGUACGGGAAGCUACCAAGUUGUUUGGGCGUCUCAGUGGAACUGACUUAGUCCCAGAACGAGUGGUAUACGAUUACGUGAAGAAGGACAUUGAACGGUCCACUAGCAAGUAUAUAUUUGCCAAAGAAGGGUAUCUCGCUUUUGAAGACAAGGCAACUCGACCAUACCUACCAUCCGGAUUCAAACACGUGUUCUUCAUUCGGGAUCCUUAUAGAUUGUAUACUUCCUACAGAAUAGCCAUGUACAAACACCUCACAAACGUUGGUAUCCGAACGGGUGAUCCGGACGACGAAGAGGCAUUCGACAUUGAAUACGAUGACCCAAUCGCGAAGGCAAACAAUUUUUACAGCGGAGCCUUAGAAUUCUUGAAAUACGUUCGAGACAACCUGGACCCCGACCCAAUUGUCAUCAACACAAACGAUCUAUUGGCCAACCCUGCGAAGGUACUGAAGAAGUUCUGUCACCUGACCGGUCUUCCCUACAGUGAUUCACUACUUCAUUGGGAUGCCUCUCCGGACAUCACCAAGACCUGGAAGACAGCGAGCGACGACAUCAUCAAGUUGUCCGUUGCCUUCUUUGAAACGGCAGUCUUCUCAGACGGGUUUCUCCCGCUAAAGCCAACCGUCCCAGUAGAAAAGAUGCCACGAGAUGUUAUCCGACUAUCCAAGCAAGCUAUGCCCUAUUACGAAGAACUGAAUAAGAUGAAAAUAUGAAUAAAAAUCUGAAACAUCCGUUGACUAAUGAAAGGAUGAAGAUUGUUGUAGAACAUAAAUAUUUUCAUGAAAAAAUAAGCCCUCUUCCAAAAUUGAGCAAUACGUUAAUUGCCCCUUCUCUUUUUUGUAAUGUAUGUAUGUUAUGGAACUUCUAAUUGUAUUACUAAGGUCUUAUGUUUGAAAAAAAAAUCAUAUUAAAUUUGCGCAGACACUUUCAAGAUACAUGUAACUGUGACUGAAAAAAAAUUAACAACAUGAUUUAUAUUUUCUAAUGGCGACUCCUAUUGUAACACAUGGAGUCUGUGAAAUAAAAUUCGGAUGGUGAUCCAGCAUUUUCACUAUUUGAAGCAUAAAAUGACGACUAUCUAAUAUACAAUUUUCCCAGGGCUUCAUUUUCGAAACAUAACAAAAAGUAAUUCUAACAAUUCUGACUAUACAUCUUAGAUUGUUUAAUUUUGAAUUAUUGUCAAAUCAUGUCUUAGGAUAACGAUAGAAUGAGACUGUAUGGUUUGAUGGUCCAAAACAAUUGAAUACUUUGAUAUCGAACUUCUUAAAUAGUAAUGGAACACUUUAGUUUGUUAUAUAAUUUGAUUUAUAUUCUUAUGUAAAUGUAAUCAUGCUCUUAUGAUUUUAUCUGUGUUGACUUUUGUAACUUUCAUAUUUUCAAAGUCUAUUAUACCCCCCUUCCACAAAUGGUAGAUGGCGAUAGACCAUUACCAUACACUCUCCGAUAUCCAGCAUCCAUAUCCUGUUCAAUUGUGUAAUGUAAAAAUGCCGUUAAAACAGAAGUGUACCCCCUCCCCCGUUUUGAAAGUGAAGACCUUUUUCUUUCUUUUUUUUCAUGUAAAAUUUUGUCAUAGACGAAAUUUCCUUAAUUUUGGGUUGAAAACCUUUUUUAUUUAUUUUUUUUUGCUUGUCAAAUUUUUCCUCGGGAAAAUGUGCCUCCAUUUGGGAAAAUCCUGGAUCCGCCCCUGUUCUACUGUUUAACCUCGGUGUGUUUGUAAAUAAGGGGAUAUCUCUUCACAUAUUCUGCUUCUUUUUUUAACUUGAUCUCAUAUUUACUUUCACUUUUUGCUGAUAAUUAUAUUUAUCAUUUAUUAUGUGUGCCUGUGCUCACAUUGAUUUUUUUUACUGAAAUAAAAAUUUCUGUGAAAAUAAC